CAAACUACAACACUCACUCAUUGAGGCUCACACAUAAUGGAAGAAGCCUGGUUCAUAAUCCUAGUCUCUCUCUGUGUCUGCGUUCUCAUAAGAGUCAUAUUAUUAUUCUUCCUUCACAAAAAAACCCUAGCCACCCCACCAGGCCCUCCUCACAUCCCAAUCAUCACAAGCUUUCUAUGGCUCAAAAAAUCCUUCAUAGAACUCGAGCCAUUCCUCCGAACCCUCGCCGCCAAACACGGUCCUAUCUUCACUCUCCGCAUAGGAUCACGCCCCGUCAUAUUCAUCGCCAACAGAGCCCUGGCCCACCAAGCCCUAAUCCAAAACGGUUCCAUUUUCUCCGAUCGCCCCAAGGCCCUCCCCGCCGCCAAAAUCGUCAGCAGCAACCAACACAACAUCAACUCCGCCCCCUACGGCGCCACCUGGCGCGCCCUACGCCGCAACCUCGCCUCCGAGAUGCUCCACCCCUCACGCGUCAUGUCCUUCUCCGGUACCCGCAAGUGGGUCCUACACACCCUCCUCACGCGCCUCAAAUCAGAUUCACAAUCCAACGAUUCAAUAAAAGUCAUUAACCACUUCCAAUACUCCAUGUUCUGCUUGCUUGUGUUUAUGUGCUUCGGGGAAAGACUCGACGAUGGGAAAGUCAGAGACAUCGAGCGCGUGCAGCGACAAAUGCUCCUGCGGUUUAGAAGGUUCAAUGUCCUCAAUUUCUGGCCCAGAGUCACGCGCGUUUUGUUCUUCAAACUAUGGGAGGAGUUGCUGAGGGUUAGGAAGGAGCAAGAGGACGUGUUGGUUCCGCUUAUCAGAGCCAGGAAGCAAAGGCGAGGCACUGAAGGUGGCGGAUUAAGAGACGAUGAUGGCUUCGUUGUUUCCUAUGUUGACACGUUGUUGGAUUUGGAAUUGCCUGAGGAGAAACGGAAGCUGAAUGAAGAGGAACUCGUGACGUUGUGUAGCGAGUUUUUGAAUGCGGGUACGGACACGACUUCGACGGCGUUGCAGUGGAUAAUGGCUAAUUUGGUGAAGUACCCGCACGUGCAAGAGAGGGUGGUGGAGGAGAUUAAGGAGGUGGUUGGUGAGAGAGUGAGAGAAGAGAGGGAGGUGAAAGAAGAAGAUUUGCAGAAACUACCUUAUCUGAAAGCUGUGAUUUUGGAAGGGUUGAGGCGUCACCCACCUGGCCACUUUGUUUUGCCGCAUGCUGUCACCGAGGACGUGGUUUUUAAUGAUUAUUUGGUUCCUAAGAAUGGGACAGUGAAUUUCAUGGUGGCGGAGAUAGGGUGGGACCCUAAGGUUUGGGAAGAUCCAAUGGCGUUUAAGCCAGAGAGGUUUAUGAAUGAUGAAGGGUUUGAUUUUGAUAUAACUGGGAGUAAAGAGAUUAAGAUGAUGCCCUUUGGUGCAGGGAGAAGAAUUUGCCCUGGCUAUAACUUGGCUUUGCUUCAUUUGGAAUACUUCGUGGCUAAUUUGGUUUGGAAUUUUGAGUGGAAGGUUCCUGAGGGAGGGGAUGUGGAUUUUUCGGAGAAACAGGAGUUUACUACUGUCAUGAAAAAUGCAUUGCAGGUUCAGCUUUCUCCUAGGAUAUGAUCUAGACUCUGUACCCCCAUUUCAUUUGUCUAAUAACUUGCCUUCAAUGAUAGGUUGAAAAAUCAUUUUCUUUAAAAUUAUUAUUAUAAGAUUUUCUUUAAUGAGGACCUAGUAGGCUAUAUAGUACGUACACAUCACGUGGUAUUGAGAGAAUUUGUGGCUCUUAUCCAGUAAGACUUUACCACUGAGAUAUCACGACAGAGGAAGGUUGUGUAUAGCAAUAGCAUAGUGUGAGAUUUGUGCUUAGUGUUUACUGUUUGAGAAGUUAUGUUUUGCAUUGGUAAGUUGAGUUUCUUAUAAGAAUUUCACUGUGAAAUCCAUCUCAAUCUCAUUGCUUGCUUCCAAGCAUGGGUAGAUAGAUCGUACAGUUAAAAAAGUAUGACUCCACAGGAUUAAAGAGUUGAACAAGGAGAACUCAAACGCUUUGCCCCUGU